ACAUUAAGAUAUGCCUUAUGAAUCUGGCACCCUCCCACCUUAGAUUUCCGGUCUAUGAAAAAUGUCGUCUUUUGGUAAACAAAAACCUUCAAAUUUAGAAAAACCAAUCGGAAAAGGAAAACCUGAAGUAAAUAUUGCAACAUUUGCUUUGCUGUUCUCUGAAAUAGUGCAGUAUUGUCAAAAUCGUGUUCACACAGUUCCAGAAUUACAGACCAAAUUAUCUGAGCUUGGACAGCAUGUUGGUUCUCACAUGUUGGAUGUUAUAUUUCUUCGAGAGAAAGGCUUCAAGAGAGAGAUCAAAUUACUUAGCAUGCUUAUUUUUAUAAAGUCUACAUUUUGGAAGAUUGUCUUUGGCAAAGAAGCAGAUAAGCUCGAGCAAGCUAAUGAUGAUGACAAGACUUAUUAUAUUAUAGAGAAAGAGCCUCUAGUGAAUAAAUUCAUCUCAGUUCCUAAAGACAAAGGAAGUUUAAAUUGUGCAGCCUUUACUGCUGGUAUGCUGGAAGCUGUUCUAAAUGGAGCCAACUUUCCUGCCAAAGUGACUGUCCAUUGGCACAAAGGGACAACAUUCAUGAUCAAGUUUGAUGAAUCUGUUAUAACCAGAGACAAGACUGUGGACAGCCGAUAAUUUUAAAAGUGAAAAUACUGGGAAUGAAUGUUAGUUUUUUUUUCAUUGUUUAUUUUUAUUUAUUGUAAUUUUUUUUACUUUUGUGAAAUUCAUCUAGAAUGUACAUAGAAUAUUGGAAUUGUGUUUUUCAUUUUAAGCAUGUACAUCAAACUUUUGAGACAGUGUUUGUAAGGUGUAUGAAACUUGUUGUUGGUUUAGUUGUCUAAAAUUUAUGCAUUUAGCAAGGUGGUGUGUGUCUGAACGAGUUAUCUCACAUGGCAGAUAAUUGUGUGCGUCUGUUUUGAUUGUUUAAAAAAAAUAAAUUUUAGUCUUUUGUUUGAAGUCUAUGCCAUAUUGUGUGUGACUAGAUGACACUUUUCUGUAUUUAUUUGACUGUAAUAAACAUUUUUUUUUAAAA